GCCGCCUCUAGGGAUGGACGGUCAGGCCCUGCGGAAGGUGGAGAGAAGCCGGUCCUGCUCUCAGGAGAGAAAGGAGAUGUCAUCCUCAGACUUUAUAAACAGCCUCUAACAGCCAUUGAUAAAAUUAUGACCUGAGAUGGGACCAAGGACAAAGUCCCAUGGCAUGCCACCCUUCCCAGGAAGAGUAAUUUAGAUGGCAGGGGUUACAGUAAGGACAUGGUGACAGACUUUGAUGAGAAACAUGAUGAGUAUUUAAUAUUGCUUCAGCAGAGAAACCGGAUACUAAAGCAUUUGAAAGCCAAGGACCCUGUGCAGCUGAGGCUGGAACACUUGGAGCAAGGUUUCUCUGUCUAUGUCAAUGGGGCCAACUCAGAGCUGAAGACAUCACCACGGAAAGCUGUGCACACAGACUUCUCCAGAAGUGCCUCACAGGCUGAGGGGUCACAGGAUUAUGGACGAAGAACCCUAUUCCGAGAAGCCGAAGAAGUCUUAAGACGCAGCUCCAGGACAGCACCAGGAAAAGUCCAUCGCCGAGGAUGGCACCAGAAAUCUGUGCAGAUCAGAACUGAAGCUGGCUCUCGUCUCCAAAUUGAACCACCUCUGGACUGUUCAGAAGAUUUUGAAUCACAAGAAGAUGUGAUUGGCAAGCAUGAGGAUGCCACUGGGGAGCACACACAGGAGCUGAGAAAAGGUCUGGGACUCAGCACAAGCCUCCAGACCCAAGAGGACGGCUCCAGUGACGAGGACGACUCUAUUGAGGAAGACGUCCUCUCUGAGACGGAGACUGAGGAGCCUGUCCUGCCAGUCCACAACAGAGAUGAAUGUCCCCUUCCCAGCCAUGAUGCAGUACAGAAGGAUGUCCCCAAGGACCAGGAACUGGAAGGCCGGCAUCCCCAGGCCACAGACACCCUUGUGGUAAUGGAGUUUAACCCAGCUUCUAAAGGUAAUAAGAUGGACCGGAUUUUAUCUGCUAAGCGGAAGGAGAAUGCUGAGGUCUUCAUCCCCAGCAAACCAGACUCUGUCCUGAAUCCACCGCCCCCAGCUGUGUUCCCAGACCAGGAGAGAGCCUGUUCCAGAUCUGGAAGCCGGAGAGAUAGACCCUUGUCAGCAACCCGCAAAGCAUAUGCAGCUGAGGACCGAGAGGAGGAUGCCUCGGCUGUGCUGAAAGCCAUCCAGGUGGAGAACGCAGCUCUGCAACAGGUCUUCCUCAGCCAAGAUCCUGAGCUACAUACCAGUCCACAGCAGGAGACCAAGGAACCACCAGCAAAAUCCUGGUCCAGUCUGCUGAAGGCCAAGGAGGACAUCCCUGAGCUGCUUCCUGUCACUCCAGUGACCACCAAUCCUGAGCUGUGCAGGGCAGCAGGGGGAGCCAAAGCUGUCAGCCAAGCCAUGGACGGAAUGAGCCCUUUGGGAAGCAGACAGCAGCAUAAACGUGUGGGAGUCUUGCAGACUAUGGAAAGUGACACUGCCCAUCUCAGCCAGGUGGCUAUACCAACAGAGAAGCCAGUACCAAAUUCAGAGGAAAAGUGGAAAGCAAGAGUAGAUGAGAUCGAAGAUGCCAUCUAUGUGACUAUGGAAAUCCUGUCUAACUGGGGCAAUUCAUCAUGGGUGGGUCUCACAGAAGUCCAGUUCUUUGAUCUGAACAACAUAAAGCUUUAUGUCUCACCUCAUGAUGUGGACAUCCGGAAUGCAGUGUUGCCAGGCGAACUGGGGUGCCUUGUCAACAGGGACUUAGUGAGCAAGAAGGACCCCCCUGUGUGGACCUGCCCCUUCCACCCACCACUUCAGCUCUAUUUCAUUAUUCACAACAUGCGACAGCUUCGUGACUUCGGUCUGACCACGAUCAAGGUUCGGAAUUACUGGACAGCAGAUGGGGAUCUUGACAUUGGUGCUAAGAAUGUGAAACUCUAUGUCAACAAAAGCCUCAUCUUUGAUGGCGUGUUAGAGAAAGGAGGAGGUGAAGCCCCUUUUGAUUGUACCAUCCCCGUGGACCUUCAGAGAGAGAGGAAUGAGAGCUCAGACAAGGCGUUGAGCACUGGCUGGAAAGAAAGCAAAGGCGCCCUCAAGAUGGCUGCCUUGAGUGAUGCUAGGGAGCUUGGGCUCAGCUGCUCACAGCCAGCGGAAUCCUUGGAUAUGAUAGUUUCCUCACAAGGAGAUUUCCUUGGUGAAAAGGUGAAUUCUACAUAUGGCCCGAAGAACAGUUUGUCCAAGUUACAGGAAGAUGUAAGACUGUUGGCAACCCCUGCCUCUAUGGGUGAUGGGCCCAGUGUCCCUUCUUCAUCCUCUCCUGGGAAAUGUCUUCCUCUAGAAGAGGAGCCCUCUUUGAUCCAACAGCUGGAAAAUCUCAGAGGUAGGAAAAUCCCCGAACCGACCGGGAAAACCCCACACUGGUUACAGCCUUCUCUAGCAGGGAUGGGCAAGAAACAGACAGUCAGGAAGCCCAAACCCCUGUGGCUCAGUCCUGAAAAAGAUCUGGAACAGAAGAGCAGGCUUCCAUCUGAGGAUGUCAUUGGUGAUACUCCUGGAGAGGUGGAGACCAGGGAAAAAGGCCCUCGUCGUGAGCAAGGGAGGACUAGCAGCUGGAAUGUCAUCACUGAAGAGAGAGCCCCCAAAGCAUCCUCCAAAGCCUGUGGCGACGACUUAGACAUCUUUAGCCAGCCUCCUAACAGGGAUCGCCCUGCUAGUGGGAGGAGGGCCCUGAAGAAGGAUGCCAGCAGUAGCCAUGGUGAUGACCGGCCAGCCAGCAAAGAAGACACCCAGGCCACCCAGACACUGCCUUGGUUGCAGUGGUAUGGUGAGCAGGAACACGCACUGCAUGCAUCAUGGGACUCCCUCACUGCCUUCGACCGUGCCCACCGGGGCAGAAUCUCUGCCCUGGAACCACAGGGGGACAUCCUAGAUGAGUUCCUGAAGCAGCAGAGGAGCAGCCGGCAUGAGGAAUUCCCAGCCCCUUGCAGAGAGGAAGAGCCAAAGCCCUCCACAGAGACGGAUGGUGACAGCGACUUUAAAAUCCCAGUCCUCCCUUAUGGACAGCACUUGGUUAUUGACAUCAAGUCUACAUGGGGAGACAGACACUAUGUUGGCCUUAACGGCAUAGAAAUAUUCAGCUCCUCAGGGGAACCAGUACAGAUUUCCAGCAUUAUGGCGGACCCCCCUGACAUCAAUAUUUUACCAGCUUAUGGGAAAGACCCACGUGUAGUUUCCAACCUCAUUGAUGGGGUGAAUAGGACCCAGGAUGACAUGCAUGUCUGGCUGGCCCCCUUCACACCAGGCAUGACCCACACCAUCUCCAUUGAGUUCACACAGCCUUGCCAAGUUGCCCUGAUUAGGAUUUGGAAUUACAAUAAGUCUCGGAUCCACUCCUUCCGAGGUGUGAAGGACAUCACGAUGCUGUUGGAUACUCAGUGCAUCUUUGAAGGAGAAAUUGCCAAAGCCUCGGGAACUCUGAUGGGAGCCCCUGAGCACUUUGGAGACACUAUUCUCUUCACCAUGGAUGAGGACAUCCUGGAGGCCAUAUUCUGUUUGGAUGAUACUUUUGACAUGGAUGCUGAGAGCCUGUGUGGCCUUCAGCCUGAAGAAGCGCUAAGGAGGCCCAGCACUGCCGACGGUGAAGGUCAGGAUGAAAGGCCUUUCACACAGGCCGGCUUGGGUGCCCAGGACCAGGUACCAGGGCUAGAGCUACAAAGCAGCCCCGCUGUCUCAGAAGUCACCACGCCUGCACCAGGCAUCUUCUAUGGGCUAUGCCUCCGACUAAACUUGACAGCCUCCUGGGGGGACCUGCACUACAUAGGACUCACUGGCCUAGAAGUAGUAGGUAAGGAUGGCGAGGCCUUGCCCAUUCAACCACACCAGCUCUCUGCCUCUCCCAGGGACUUAAAUGACCUGCCAGAGUACAACGAUGACUCACGGACUCUGGACAAGUUAAUCGAUGGCAUGAACAUCACCACCGAGGAUGAGCACAUGUGGCUGAUCCCCUUUUCCCCUGGGUUGGACCAUGUGGUUAUGAUCCACUUUGACAGAGCCCAAAGCAUUGCUGGCCUGCGCCUCUGGAACUACAAUAAAUCUCCCGAGGACACCUACCGAGGGGUCAAAAUCGCUCAUGUGUCCCUGGAUGGCCUGUGCGUGUCUCCUGCAGAAGGCUUUCUCAUCCGAAAAGGGCCUGGCAACUGUCACUUUGAUUUUGCACAAGAAAUCCUUUUUGGGGACUACCUACAGACCCGGCUACCGCCAGCACCCACCAGGAGGCUAGAUGCAAAGAGCCUGGAGCGAGCCAGCAUGGACUACGAGGCCCCACUCAUGCCCUGUGGCUUCAUUUUCCAGUUCCAGCUGCUGUCCAGCUGGGGCGAUCCCUACUACAUCGGCCUCACAGGCCUGGAGCUGUAUGACGAGCAUGGGGAGAGGAUCCCGUUGUCCCAGAACAAUAUUGCUGCCUUCCCAGACAGUGUGAAUGCGCUAGAGGGUGUUUGCGGGGAUGUGAGAACCCCUGACAAGCUUAUCGACCAAGUCAACAACACCAGCGAUGGCAGGCACAUGUGGUUGGCCCCCAUCCUGCCUGGCCUGGUGAACCGAGUGUAUGUCAUUUUCGACCUGCCCACCACUGUGUCAAUGAUCAAACUGUGGAAUUACACGAAAACGCCUCAACGAGGAGUGAAGGAGUUUGGCCUGCUGGUGGAUGACCUGCUUGUCUACAACGGCAUCCUUGCCAUGGUGAGCCACCUGGUUGGGGGCAUCCUGCCCACAUGUGAGCCUACCGUACCCCACCACACCAUCCUUUUUGCUGAGGACACUGACUUCUGUCAUCAGGAGAAACACGCCAUCAUCAGUAAGCCGGAGGAAGACCAGGACAUACAAAUGAUGAAUGAAAACCAGGUCAUCACUACCUCGAGGAGGAAGCCAGGCACUGCUGACCCAGCCUUGCGCCCUAAAACCUGCAUACGUGAGAAGGAGACCUCAAGGCGUUGGCGGUGCUGACUGGAGCAGGAGGGAGAGCCUCUUCGAGCUGGCUAGGCUCUAUCACCAGCCCUGAACAGUACCCAUGUCCUUCACACUUCAGGGUUGGCCAGCUGGGACCCCAAGGGCUGGAAGAGCAUGGAGGGAUAAGGGACUUGAAUCACAGCCCCAGGAGCUAUAGGGGUCAGAUGAAAGGGUCAAGAACAGGAUAGCUGUCUCCUGCCACAUGGGGCUAGCUGCUGGGAGCCAGGGAUACCUGAUUCCUCUCUGUGCCUCUCCUGUGAGGUCUAGAAGAGCAGAGCCUCUGGCAUCCAAGUCCUAGGCAGCCCCUGACCCAGGCUCAGAUCUCAGUACCAUGACCAUGGAGCCCAUGGCCCUCCACUACACAGUCCUCCUCACUAAGGGCAAUGGAGCUGCAGAGAGGCCACUGCUGAGGAGCCAGCUGCUCUUCCUCUAUCCAGUGCCUUUGGAGGCCUGAUGGGGUGAGUCCUAGGUAGCCUCUGUGUUCUGUUCAAACCUGAUUCAGGAUGGGUCAAGGGCAUGUGUCCUGCUGAGGAGAGGAAGUGAGCUGCAGUGAGUGCUGAAACCUGCCCUUAGCCCCUAUAUCUCACACACACACACACACACACACACACACACACACACACACACACACCUACCUGCAAGUCAGAGUUGGGAGGGCCUAGGCUCAGCCCUGCCUCUUCGCCCUGCAGUCCAGAGCCCCAUACGUGUGUGUACAUCUAUGGAACAAGCUCAGAUCAGGAAGCUAAUCAUUCUCCCAGCAGUGGGUAAUUUCUGGUUCCAAAUAUUAAUCUGUUAUUUUCCUGGCUCGGGGCCCAGUGGGGCGGUGCCAUGGUGCCGAACUCAGUACGUUCUGAUACUACCAAGAAUCACAAGCGCUUUUAAGCAGCAACACCCAGCAGCUGUACAGAUGUUUUAAUUCGGAGCCAGCUGACAUGCAGAUAGGAUUGCUUCUCUGAUGAGAAUCCAUCAUCUCUGUAGCCUCUGGGGCCGCCCCCUCCCCUCACCACCCCUGGCUUCUCCAAUCCCAGAUGAGCCGCACACCUCCCAGGAGAGCCAUCAAACCAACUCUGCGGAGGAAGCCAGGGCCUCUGCUCUAACAGGAGUCCAGCUUCUCCUGGGGGUGGGGGGAGCUCAGGUAGAUUUUUCUGGAGCACCCAAGACUGGCCUUGGUGUGCUGCUCCAAAUACUUGGUCGGUUUCUAAGCAUACGCUCCAUGCACCCUCAGAGGGAAGGCACUGGCAGAAGCAUUAACUCUCAAACAAAUGUCUAUUUUUCUUACAAAAUCAAUAAAAGAUGUUAUUAA